CGACUCUGGGCCACGACAACCCAGCGACUUCUAUGCCUCCUUCACACUGUGCCGACUCUGCAUCCGGCGAUCGUUUCUAGACCUCUUUCCGACCAUGUGCGACCCUUUCACAUCCUAAGUCUAUAUAUACCAAGUCAAGUCACUCUGCUUCAAAACUGCGACCGGUACGUGCAGGAGGCGGUUUUGGGACGGAGCAGCGGGAUGACGUCACUUGAAGCCAAAAAAAAAAAAUACCCGCCAGUUCAGGGGUGACUAAAGUUGGGGCCGUAUGUUCCCUCUGUGCAUUCUCGCCUCCUUUCACCGCGCGUUCGGGCAAGCCACUGACGAAAAAAUGUCUUUUUAUUGUGCUAUUGCGUGACUGUAAUUCCAUUGCUUAUAUAUACAAACGGCGGUGUGGGGUGUGAGGGAGGGUAUGUUGAAGUGAUUGAUUUAAAUUAGUCCGCCUUUCUUUGUUUUCUCUAAAUCUCUGUUUUUACAUUCUCUAGUUUGGCUCCAAGCAGUGUCACUCAUAAACCACGCCUCGGCCGUGUCUCCUCCCACAAACCUGCGUAUGACUUGACUUUGCGCAUAUAGACUUAGUUCACAUCAACAUUAUUUUCACACCCAAGACCUCGUGUACCCUGGGUCGCCGAGUUGUCGUGUCCCAGAGUCGGCACAGUGUCCUCCUCGAUCCUCCCUCCCCACUCAGGACGAUAAUCACACUUGCUGCCGUCGGGGAUAAUAACACUUGAGUAAUUUGCUUGUUUCGGAAGUAAAAGUGAGUAGGCGUGGAGAUACUUGUUAUCGUGGUUGAGUUAAUGAGUGAGUGAGUGAAUGCGUCAAUGAGUAUACUGUUGUGCUGGAAGCUUCCCCCGGCGUCCAUGGGGCUCUAGAAGGCUCCGGGAAGAGCGAGCAAGGGGGCGGGGAACAAAGCCUCGUCCGCGCCCAGCGGGGCGCGGCCAGGCGCCUGGCGGGAAGUGUUGCCGACUCGCACAUACUUUUGCUACAUGUUCUUGUAUGAUCUAAAAUAUACUGUAACAUUCUAGACUGUACUGUUCUCAAAAUAACAGGUCAAAAUGAAAAUUAUAAAAAGAAAAAGACUGUCGUACUGAAAACCUCGAUCAAUCGUAGCUGUUUCUGGCCCUAAUAUAAGCUACUGGAAAAAAAACAUCAUUAAUUAACGAUGUCGAUUUUAACAACAAUAAGUGAAUAUCGGGGUGUAUAUAUACGUACGUGACAGUUUUGGGUCAGAGCACGAAAAAAUGUGAUAAUUAAUUAACUUAGCUAGAAGAGAAAUUGAUUGACUGAUUGCAUUGUGAUAGUUUAUUGUAAAGAACAAAUGUAACAAAAGGACAGAAAGAGGAAAUGCAAAAAGGAUCUCGAAUGUCCAGAUCGAUCGAGUAGUGAAGGAAAAAGAAAAUAGGAAAGCAAAAUAAAAGACAAUCCAUGGGACCAAUUAUAAUUAGGUGUAGUACGUGCAGUUCAGUGUAGGGUGAAAUAUAUGUGUGCACAGUGAAUAGUAAAACCAAGGAGGACUCUAAAAAGAAGAAGAUCGAAAAAGAAAAAGAAGAAAAUACCGAAAAAGAGAAGAAAUAGAAGAAAAAGAAGAAGAAAAAAGAAAAUACCGAAAAAAAGAAGAAAAUACCGAAAAAAAGAAGAAAAUACCGAAGAAGAAGAAGAAGAGGUGUUUGUUGACAUCGUGACGUCACGUGAUGGGCGGCCGCAUUUGUGUCCAAGCCUUCUUUCCUUUUCACUAAUAACGCCUGAAUUACCGGUGACAGGUGUGCAGCGUAGGGUAGCCUGAGCACCUGCCAAGCCGGUCACAGUGAUAGAGCCUCAAGAAGACCAAGAAGCUGUAUUGCCUAGGACCAUGUCUGACUCCAGCAGCUCAGAUGAGGAGGCGUCACGGUUCAGGGAGGUGUGUGACCCCACCCUGUGGAGGACAGCUGUGCAGGGAGCCACCAAGAAUGAAACCUGCAGAGCGGAGGCAUCUGACGAGAAGCCCCAGCGCCCCAGUCAAGGCGACCAGAGGCAGGCCUUCAUGCUGCUGGAGAAGAUACGCACAACCCUUGCCGAGGCGCAUGGCAAGGCAGGGUGUGUGGGGCUGAGGCAGAAGGAUGGCCAUGGUCCCGGCACACAGGGCAAGGCUUCGUCGGGCAGGGCAGAGGCCAGCACAGCGAGGGUGGCCAUGGCUGCCCCAUCCACACUCUCUCCCUUCCUGGCCAAGCAGCUCACCUCAAGACUGGACGGGUGAGUGCUGUGUAGCGAAGU